AAGGAAGUUAGUUCCAUAGUUCCUCCCAUUUAUUUCAAUUAAAGAUGGUGGCCGGCAUUCAUUAGCUGAAAGUCCGCUUUAUUUUCCACUUGAGAAUAGUAGAGAGUCUUAUUACAAAAUAUUGAGCCUUUUAGGUUCUUUACCAUGGAAUGAGUACGCGAAGUCGUCUGCCGAAAGAAGAAUUUGAUACAAAUCUGUGCGGUUCAUUCAUGGAUCCAUAAUACAAAUUACAUUUUUGAAUAAGGUGUUGUGUUGAUAACUCACAGGAAUACUUUUGGGCGCAAAUUUUUAUCCGAAACUAUCACAAAUGAUGAAAUUAGUAGACCCAGUCGUUCGAAGUUUUAAAGUGGCUAAAGUGUUUCGAGAAAACACAGACAAGAUAAACAGUAUAGACUUUUCGCCAAGCGGUGAAACAUUGAUAUCUUGCAGCGAAGAUGAUCAAAUCGUUAUAUAUGACUGUGAAAAAGGCACACAGAUGAUAACAGUAAACAGUAAAAAGUAUGGUGUUGAUCUAAUUCAUUUCACACAUGCCAAGAACACUGCAAUCCACAGUUCGACGAAAGUUGACGACACUAUUAGAUAUUUAUCACUUCACGAUAACAAAUAUAUAAGGUAUUUUCCUGGACAUACAAAAAAAGUAGUGACACUAUGUUUGUCACCAGUUGAAGACACUUUUUUGUCUGGAUCAUUAGACAAAACACUGCGCUUAUGGGACUUGCGUUCUCCUAAUUGUCAAGGGUUAAUGCACUUGUCAGGAAGACCUGUAGCAGCUUACGAUCCAGAAGGACUUAUAUUUGCAGCUGGAGUCAAUUCAGAAAGUAUAAAAUUAUAUGAUUUAAGGUCAUUUGACAAAGGUCCAUUUGUCACUUUUAAACUUAAUCAGGAAAAAGAAUGUGACUGGACUGGAUUAAAAUUUUCCCGUGAUGGAAAAACAAUGUUGAUCAGUACUAACGGGUCCAUCAUAAGAUUAGUAGAUGCAUAUCAUGGCACACCAUUGCAGACUUUUACAGGACAUCUUAACAAUAAAGGCAUACCUAUAGAAGCAUCAUUUAGUCCAGAUUCACAAUAUAUUUUUAGUGGCUCAACAGAUGGAAGAGUUCAUGUUUGGAAUGCUGAUACAGGCUAUAAAGUGUGUGUCUUGAAUGGUGAUCAUCCAGCCCCAAUACAAUGUGUACAAUUCAACCCUAAAUUCAUGAUGCUUGCGUCUGCCUGCACUAACAUGGCAUUCUGGCUACCUACAUUAGAUGAUGUUUAAUUGUCCAUUACAUCAUAUCAUCAAUAUGUAAAGAAAAUAUGUGUCAUCAUUGAUGAUGAAAAACUGAAUGUUAAAGUGGUACUCUUUAUUUGGGAUGCCAUUGCUAUCAUAAUGUGACAUGUCUUAAAAGUGGUAUAUAUUAUGAUUGAUUAAGAAACUCCUACUAAGUAAGAGAAAAUAAUUUUCAGCUAUUGUAUUCAAGAAAAUUCAGAUGUGUAGUGAAUUUUGCUAUAUUGUUAAAUAUGUUUUAUUGUAUACCAUACUAUCAGUACAUGUAUAAAUACUUGUUCGAGGACCCUUGUGUUUGCAUUUAAUGUAGUUUCAUUCCAAAAGUAACAUUUUAGAACAUAAUAAUUAUAAGAUCUACCAACUAGGCAGGAACAUUCAUUUCUGAUUUACUUAGGAUGAUUAUUACUGUCUUACGUUAAUAUAUAUAACUGUACAUUUUUCUCUCAAUUAUGCUUUCCUUUGUAUGUCAGUUAGUAUUAUUUGAAUGGGAACAUUCCUCUCUAAAAAACUAGUAAGCGAAUUAAACCAAUUUUAACGAA